AUGAAGUUGUCUUCUCUGAUUGUAUCAAAUAAUAGGAAGCAUAUUGUAGUUCUAAUCAUAGGUUUAGUAUGUAUCUUGAAGAUAGCCUUAAUUUCUGCUGCCAAUGAAGAGAGCCAGAUCUACACGGUGCAUUUGGGUGAGAGGCAACAUGAUGAUCCUAAUCUUGUUACUGAUUCACAUCAUGAUAUUCUCGGAUCGCUUCUUGGAAGCAAAGAAGCUUCCCGCGAGUCUAUGAUUUAUAGUUAUAGGCAUGGUUUCUCAGGCUUUUCAGCAAAGCUCACAUCAUCUCAAGCAAGAGAACUCUCAGAGAAUCCGCAUGUUGUUCAUGUAACAAGAAGCAAGAAUAUGAAGCUGAAAACAACAAGGGUUAGUGAUUACUUGGGACUCACUCCAACCGCUCCAACGGGUCUUCUCCAUGAAACUGAUAUGGGAAGUGAAGCUAUCAUAGGAGUCCUGGACUCAGGAAUAACGCCAGGGUCGAAGUCAUUUGAUGACAACGGUCUUGGACCGAUCCCAGCGCGUUGGAAGGGGCGGUGUGCUUCAGGAGAAGGGUUCAACGCAUCGAGCUGCAACAGAAAGUUGAUCGGAGCUACGUACUACGCAAAGGCUCUCCUCAUAAAGCACAAUGGAACGUUUAACGGGACAGCGAUAGACGAGGUCUUGUCCCCUUUGGACAAAGUUGGCCACGGAACACAUUGUGCGUCGACUGCCGUGGGUUCUUUCGUUCAAGACGCGAAUUUCCUUGGUCUAGCUCAGGGAACCGCAAGGGGAGCUGCCCCUCGGGCCCGUCUAGCCUCUUACAAAGUGUGUUGGAACAACGAGGAGUGUUUUACACCGGAUAUUUUAAAGGCGAUGGAUCACGCAAUCGGUGAUGGCGUCGAUGUUCUAUCGCUCUCGCUUGGAUCCGAAGUACCGCUUGAUUUCGAGGUUGAUAGAACUGAUUUCGCUAUCGCUGCUUUCCACGCCGUUAGGAAGGGAAUCCCCGUAGUAUGUGCAGGAGGUAACGAUGGUCCCCAGAUUCAAUCUGUCUCUAACGUUGCUCCGUGGAUCAUAACCGUCGCGGCUACGACUAUGGACAGAGAGUUCUUCACGCCCAUCACUCUUGGAAAUAACAUUACCAUCCUGGGUCAAGAAGGCCUAUACAUGGGAAAAGAAGUUGGAUUCACUGAUCUUCUUUACUUCGACGACUUGAACAAAGGGGAUUUACAAGCCGGUAGAGCUAAGGGGAAGAUCGUGUUUUUCUUCCAAACACCUAAAUUUCAAGAGGAUUUUGCUGAAUUCGCGCAAUCGAAUGGGGCAGCUGGCGUUAUUAUUGCAAUUCAGCCAAGCGAUGCUAUUGAACAGAGCAUAGCAGAUAUCGCAUGUGCCUUUGUAGACUACGAACUUGGGAUGGACAUUUUGUUGUACAUUCAAACAACCACAUCUCCUAAAGCUAAGAUCAGCCCUACCAAGACAUUCGUUGGCCGACCUUCAUCGACUAAGGUCGCAAAAUUUUCGUCUAGAGGUCCCAAUUCAAUAUCUCCUGCCAUUCUCAAGCCGGAUAUAGCAGCACCAGGUUCAGGUAUACUUGCAGCUGUACCAUCACAGGGAGGAUACGAUUUCAUGUCGGGAACAUCGAUGGCUACACCUACCGUGUCGGGAAUAGUCGGACUUCUUAGGCAAAAACGCCCUGACUGGUCUCCUGCGGCGAUCCGGUCUGCUCUCGUCACAACCGCAUCUCAAACGGACCCAUUCGGAGAGCCGAUCGCAGCGGAGGGUUCGCCACGCAAACUCGCUGACCCAUUUGACUACGGAGGUGGCCUCGUGAAUCCGGGGAAAGUAGCGGACCCAGGACUUGUCUACGACAUGGGCUACGGUGAAUAUGUUCAUUACUUGUGCUCCGCAGGCUACGACGAUAGAUCCAUCUCAAAACUACUUGGAAAAGCCAACAAAUGCCCUUCUCCAACUCCAUCCAUGCUUGAUGUCAACUUGCCUUCCAUCACAAUCCCAUAUCUCAGUGAAGAGAUCACCAUAACUAGAACCGUGACCAAUGUUGGACCAGUUGGUUCGGUUUACAAAGCUGUGAUCCAACCGCCUCAAGGUAUUAACGUGCAGGUGAGUCCUGAGACUCUUGAGUUCAGUUCCAACACCAACAAGACUACAUUUACGGUGAAAAUCUCCACGACUCAUAGAGCGAAUACUGAUUAUCUCUUUGGGAGCUUGACUUGGACCGACAAUGGUGCUCACAAUGUCCGGAUCCCUCUUUCUGUAAGAACAAGAGUUUUGAACUUCAAGAUCUAA